CUUAGAAAUCGUACUGCCGCGAUCAAAAUGAACUCUGAUGAAUGGUGGCAUAAUCCAUGUGGUCCAUACACUUUGGUAGAUACACCUAAGAAUGUGGACGUAAUCGAAUUUUCUCAGAUGGACUUGUAUAAACUAUUAGAACAUUAUCGAGAUUGUAGAAGUAAGGCUUAUGAUACCUUCGGUAGUUGGACUCUUAGAAGAGCGCCUACUUUAACAGAUUAUUAUACUGGUUUCGAAACAUAUCCAUGGCUUCCCGAUGUGCCCAAUUUAAUGAUUACUUAUUUUGCCGAUAAACGUUUGUUUAAAGAUGUGAAGCUGGAAGUACUGAUCAGCAAGUUCUACCAACAUUUCCAAAUUUAUGCGGCGGCUCUUACUUUCCUAGCUAGUGAGGAGAAUGUUCAAGGAACCGAUCAAGUUUUCCAAUUCAAAUCAGUUGAGCUACAGAAGGCGUUGUGUUGGCACAGCAGACUCAUGAAAGUUAAUAAAAUCAAUUUCCUACCGCCUCCGCGCAAAACUAUCAUCCCAACAGAGUUAUAUCCAUUCAAACUGAAUUUAGAAGGAAGAUUCAAUAGAGAAUAUAUCAUUUACACGAAUUAUAUCAACAUAUUGGAUUAUUUCGUUCAGGUUCUGGAAUAUUUUACUAAAACGACUCAUUUCUUUGUAUGA